AUGGGCACCGUGCAGCUGCUCCCGCUGCUGCUGCUGCUGCUGCUGCUGCUGUUCUGCGGAGGCGGCGCCCCCGCGGGUGGCUGCAACGAGACGCGAAUGCUGGAGCUGCUGCCGCGGUGCCGGGCCGCCUUCUCCGCCAGCAUGCACUCGGUGGCCGUGGGGAAGUGGUGUGACCUGGCCGAAUUCAUCGUGUACUACGAGAGCUUCACCAACUGCACCGAGGCGGAGUCGCUGGCCGUGGGCUGCUACUGGCCCAACCCCCUGGCGCAAAGCUUCCUCACCAGCGCGCACCGGCAGUUCUUCUCCAACUGCUCGGUGGAGAGGGAGCACUGGGAGGACCCCCCUGACGAGGUGCUGGUCCCCCUCAUCGCCCUGCCCGUUCUGCUGACCCUGGCCAUGGUCGCGCUGGUGGUGUGGCGCAGCAAGCAGACUGACCGGCCACUGUGA